CAAGCCCUGCCAACCCAACCUGGUCACUGCUUUUCCACCCGUGAGGUCACCUUCUUCCUCUUUCACACCUGACAUAAUUGACAGUGAUAACAUCCAAAACCUGCUGGAUUCUUUAUAAAAGUAUGGAGAAGAAGACAGAUAUUAAAAUCGUAUAAUAACAAUUAUGAUAUCAUACUUACCACCUACUGUGCAUUAUGCUAAGCAUUUUAUCUUACUUUUAAUCCUCACAACAACCCUGCGUGAUCUUGGAGGCAUCUGAGGUUUAAUGGGGACUUUCCAGCAUUCCAGACUGCUGCCCUGCAAUGAAGCUCUGAGUCACAGUCUUUGGGUCUAAGGCACUGGCAACAAUGUGGAACCCCAGGACAGCCAACCUGACUAACCUCCGCUCUAAGCAGAAGCCCAAAAUGAGUCUGGCCUGAAAUCAGAGCAAGCACUAGAGAAGAACUUCUUUGUUAAUGGAAAGAGGAAAGAAGAAAAAGGUUUCCAGCAAAUUGCAACAGACUUUCCACCAUUCUAAAGAACCUACCUUCCUUAUCAACCAGGCUGUUCUAUCUAGUGACUCCCAUUCUAGCCUUUUGCCAGAAAAAGGGCACAUCAAUCCUGGUGAAAAUAUAAAGACAAACCCUCAGAAAAAUAGACCUGGAACUGUGAUACUCUCAAAACGAUCCAGUAGGAGAAUGACGUCGGAAAGCCAGUCCAGCCCCCCUGUGAUCCCAUCCCGCAGGCCUGGAUUCCGGAUAUGCUAUAUCUGUGGCCGAGAAUUUGGGUCCAAAUCACUUGCCAUUCAUGAGCCCCAGUGCUUGGAAAAGUGGCGUAUUGAAAACAGCAAGUUGCCCAAGCACCUGAGGAGGCCAGAACCCUUCAAACCACAGCCUGUCAGUGGCAGCGGGUCCUACAAUCUUCAGGCAGUAAAUGAGGCAGCAUUUCAGAGUUCUCAGGCUCAGCUGCUGCCCUGUGAAUCCUGUGGCCGCACGUUCUUGCCAGAUCGUCGUCUUGUUCACCAGAGAAGCUGCAAGCCAAAGGGUGAGAGGCCCAGAGUACCAAAUCCCAACAGCUCUGAUGACCUUACUGGUUUCAAGAAAGCUUCUGGUGGCAUCCCAGCCCGACCAAGGACUCUCAUCUGUUACAUUUGUGGUAGGGAAUUUGGCACCCUAUCCCUUCCUAUUCAUGAGCCCAAAUGCCUGGAAAAGUGGAAAAUAGAAAAUGAUCGGCUCCCCAGGGAGCUCCGCCGGCCAUUCCCACAGAAGCCUCAGCAUCUUCCAACUGGACUGUCCAGUCAAGAGGGGCCAAGUCAAGUUCAGCUCAUGCCCUGCCCAAAUUGUGGCCAGACCUUUGCCCCAGACCGCCUUCUGGUACAUGAGAGAAGUUGUAAAGCUCAACCUAGUGGGUCAACAGUUCAGAAUUUGACGUUAGGGAGUGAAGGUGGCCUAAAGGAGUCCACUAAUUCCAAGCAACAAAGGAACAUGGCAGCACCCCCUGUGACUGAUAAGCCAACAAUGAUAAGACGUCCACCAACAAUUGUUUGCUACAUUUGUGGUCAUGAAUAUGGAACAAAAUCAAUCGCCAUCCAUGAGCCACAAUGUCUAAAAAAAUGGCAUAAUGAAAACAACUUGUUGCCUAAGGAGUUAAGGAGACCAGAACCUAAAAAACCAGAAGUCAGGACCAUCACUGCCAAAGGUUUCUAUGAUCUCGAUGCCUUAAAUGAAGCUGCCUGGACCAGUGCCCAGAGCACAUUGGUUCCCUGUGCUGUUUGUGGGCGCACCUUCCUGCCAGACAGACUGAUUGUUCACCAACGAUCCUGUAAACCAAAAGUCGCCAAGUAAAGCUCUCUCUCUCUGCUGAAGUGUUACAGCCAUUAAAUCCUUCUGAAAGAGAUUGGGAUAUGGCGGGAAGGAAAAAAAGGGAGGCGAGGAGAGGAAACAAAGAAAACUGGAAUUGACCAAAGGCUAUCUAGCACAGGAAGCCCAGCUCAGUGCUUUGGUGGCAAAAGUGUGACCACUAUGUGAUGGGCAAAUGUUCUGCUUUUAACAAGCAGCUGCAUGCAUGUUCAGAGACACACUGUGGGGCAUGCAUGUCACGCUUUUGUGAGGCAGAAUUAUAAGUGGGCUGCACCUCAUCAGAGCUGGCAUUUUUGCCUCAAGGAAAUUUCAGAGCCAAUUGUUGCCAUUUUAUUUCCAUUCUAUUUUCCCAAACAAGAAUCUGAACCUCACAAUUAGGACUGUUAUUCAGUGAACAGAGCUUUGGGUGGUGACUUCAGACAACUUCUUAGUCCUAAGAAAAACUGGAUUCUUUCCCGUCCUUGUGCUUUCUGAAAUAACUUGCCCCUCCCUGCUUCCUCUGAUCCAGGGAAUUGUUUUUAAUUGAGUUAUUAAUUGGGAAUCUUCUUUUCUCUAUAAAAUUAUUCAACAAGACAGACACUGGAAAAAGAGCUAAGGACUUAAAGUACUAGACCCAUAUCUAAUUCAUACUCCCUUACCGAUAGUGAGAAAUAUUACAGAGAGAUUUCAGAACCAGUGCCAGCCUCAUAUGUCAGAGAUUGCUACAAGGGGAUUCAUAAAAUGAGUGGAGGCUACCUCCUUCCUUCUAUAGGAGAAGCCCAGUGAGAGUUCUCCCUGCCCCCCUAGGGGCUUAUAGGUGUUUUAUUGUUGAGGUAUAAAAGGCUGCCAGGAAAUUCUGUGCCUCCCCACCCGAGGCCCAUUCACAGUAAGUGGAUUGUGAGACUGCUCUGUGUUUUAGAGUCCCUGAAUGUGUAUUCCAGAGGUGGGGCUCUCCUGGGAGGAUGCCAGGCCCAGGGAGGUGCUCUGCCCAGGAAACUCUGCUCCCCCAGGCAGCUCUGCUUCGCCUGGACUCCCAGCAGUUUUGCUUGAAAUCUUUGUUCAUUUUAUGGCCGAACUUCAGGGCAAUUCUGGAUCCACUGGGUUCCUGCAAGCCUCAUAUUCAUGACCUUACACAGCACAGUUAACUCCAAAUUAUAUAAGCAAAUUUAUUUGACCUAAUAUUUUGAUCACACGUCUACGUAUUACAGAAGUUUACAUUAGGAUAAUUGUGCUAAUCAUUUGGUUUUUCCUGCCUGUUCUAAAGGAAGCUAGAGAUGAGCUUUUUAAAAAGUCUUUAGAUACCCUCAAAUAAGAUUAUCAUCUUGUGAAAGACUAGCAUUUAAUGUCUCAUAGUUGAUGGUUCGGUUCUUUUAUUUUGUUAAAAAUGACAACAACAUCUAAUAACUCACACAUCUGUGAGUGCGCUAUGGGUCAGGCACUGUGCUUAGUGCUUCCUAUACAUCAGUCUACAUAAAUCUCACAUCAACCCUACAAGUAAAUCUCAUUAUCCUUAUUUUGCACAUGAGGAAACUGAUACUUAGCCUAAAUAGCUAACUCAAGGUCACACUGCACUUGAGUUAAGAGAUGGAGUAGGGAAGCAAACUCGGGAAUGUUGGUCUUCCAAACCCAUAGUCUUUCCAUUGCCAUUUGUAUGCUAGACACCAUCAUUAAUAAAAUUAACUAUACUAAUGCAAACGAUCGGACAAAUGUGAAAAGUUUUGUACAAUUUUUAGUAAUUAAGGCAAAUGGGAGUCUUAGGGUGCUUGUAGUUCAGCUGUUGGGCUGAGUUUAUCUUAAACUGAGGUGAAAACAGAAGUCAGCUGUAUUGUGUUUCAAAAGACACUUGCGUUCUGCUAACGUUUAGAAGUCAAAUAGCAGGGGAAAUAAAGCAAAAGUUCUGGCCUCAACAUUGAAAGGAGCUGCCAUUUGGAGACAUAAAGAGAGAUUCUUGGGCUCUUUGCUUUAAAAGCAUGACCAAAAACCUACUUUAUCUGUAGGAAUUAAGUCUGUGAGCUCUUGAAGUGGUUGAAAAGGCCGAGCUUUCAUAGGGGUCGUCAUUUCACAGGGAACAGCUUGAGGUACAUCAAGGGGAUGACUUUGGGGACUCCACUUCCAGCUUCACCUCAGUGAGCCAGCAAAUGUAAAUGGAAUUAAAUCCUGAGCAAGCUCAGCUGUAAUGACUUCAAUUGAAGAGUUCCUGUCCAUUUUCAAGGCAAGUCAUCAAAGUCUCCCCAUUAAUAGGAAAGAGCUCACCUGCUCUCUCCCAACUGCCCUUCCCCCAAUUAGUUCACUUCUGUUCCAAUAUUUGUACUCUCAAAAGAAAAUAAUUUCUUUAACAAUAGUUGGCACCUCCGUGAGCUAUGAAUUUGAACCUCGAAAUGGCUCCCACAGAUACUGUCCUCGAUGAUGAAGAACAGAUCCUAGGUGAAGGUACUUGGCCCUCUUACACUCACCCAGGCAGUUAUUGGUCUGGGAUGUAAGGUUAUUACAGGCACCAACAACAAUGCAAUUCCCUCAUUGCCCUGUUAACUGGUGCUGCACAAACUUUAAUUGAAUUCCCCUCGAGUCGAGGUUAUGAGAAGAAUUCCAGGAUUUCUUGAUGCUCAUUUGCACACUGAAUUCCCAUCCAAGUUGCAGGGCAUGUCCUAUCAGAAGGGAACACUGGGGACUGAACAAGCACAUCCUAAGGGAGGUGGAGAGGGAGAAUCUCCUAUUAGGAGUAAGCAUGGGAAUCUGUUAGAGCUCCAUUAUGGGAGCUCUUCAGGCUGCCUCCUCAUCAGGCAGCCUUGGAAGCAAUUCCAGAUGGGCUCCCAGUAUUUCCAAGGAUCAUUCUUAGAUGACAUUGCCUUAGCCUAGGGAAUACUGGCAUGAGUCUCUUCAUGGAAAAAGAAGCUGCUACUGAGAAGCAGACCCAUCUGUGAACAGGGAAGAGAUGGAGGGCAGAUAUCCAAAGUCCUCCACCCCUGAAAACAGCCCAGGCACUUUCUGUACUUGUCUGCUUCUGACAUUAACAGUAUUUCUUCUUUACACCCCUGUCUAAACCAACUCGUAUGUCUUUAAUCCCAUAUCAGAUCAGGGCAGGAAGUUCAGCCCUUUCCUUCCCCAAUCCUGAGGAGUUCUUUUCCACCUCUGGCAAUGGUCCAUCUUCCUUUAUCAUUUAUUACUUUCCUACUGACUCACCGUCUGGCCCACAUGAACUACUGUGCCUGUUUCUGCUGGCCCUGCCCACUCUGUGAGCACCGUAGGCAGAGAUGAAAAUGGGGUUUUCCUGCACUUGGAAGAAACAGCACAAAUGAGAAGCAGUCAGUUGCCAGUGGGGGCCAAAAAGGAUGGUGUAGAGAGA